AUGAAUGAGUUGUUGGGAGUACUUUUUAGAACCAAACAACCAGAAGGAACUAUAGGUAUUGUAGUAGGCCCCUCUGUUGAUAGUUUUGAACAUAGAGCUUUUAAAGUGGCAAUAGAAGUUAAAACAUCUGUAUAUCCUAUUAUUAUAGCUA